CUCCCUCUUUCUCACUCCUCCUCCUCCUUCUCUCAUUAGGCUGCUCACCGGCAAAACACCGACAUACUCCCUUUGCCUUGAACCGGGGAAUAAACACGGAGCUGCGGCAGGAGCAGGGUUGACCUCCCUCGGUGCGCACCAUCCAUGGUCCUCCCCUGGAUGUCUGUCUGACAGGAGGGGUGGUGUUACUUUGCUGAAGUGACAGAGGCAGGCCCAAGUCGGAGGUGAAGAGAGCGAGAUUGGAGUCCUCCCAGCCAGCAGGGAGCAGAAGGAAGCAUGCAGGACUCAGACAGCAAGAUGGCCAAACAGGAACAGAACUCGAAGCAUCUUGAUGAACACAGAGAAACCGAUGACACAUCUGAGAAGAUGUCCCCAAACAAAAACAUCAAAUCUCCCCAGAAAGGCUCCAAACGACUUAAAACAACUCCCUUCAAAGUGACACUGCUGGACUCGACCGAGUUCGAAGGAGAAAUUGAGAAACACUCCAAAGGACAGACUCUGAUGGACAUGGUGUGUGAGCAUCUCAACCUGCUGGAGAAGGACUACUUUGGUCUGACCUUUGCCGACACAGACACCCAGAAGAACUGGUUGGACCCCUCCAAGGAGAUCAAGAAGCAGAUGCGCAACUCUCCAUGGCACUUUGCUUUUGCUGUCAAAUUCUACCCUCCGGACCCCUCCCAGCUCACUGAGGAUAUUACCAGAUACUACCUGUGUCUGCAGCUGAGGGAUGACAUGCUGUCAGGUCGACUGCCAUGCUCGUUCGUCACUCAUGCCCUCCUGGGUUCUUACACUGUCCAAGCCGAGCUGGGGGACUAUGACCAUGAUGACCACGGCUCCGACUAUGUCAGCGAUUUCCGCUUUGCCCCCAAUCAGACUCGUGAGCUGGAGGAGAGGGUGAUGGAGCUCCAUCGAAACUACAAGGGGAUGACUCCAGCAGAAGCUGAAAUUAACUUCUUGGAGAAUGCAAAGAAACUGUCCAUGUACGGGGUGGACCUUCAUCACGCUAAGGAUUCUGAAGGGAUUGACAUAAUGUUGGGCGUGUGUGCCAAUGGACUGCUGAUUUACCGUGAUAGACUGAGGAUCAACCGCUUUGCUUGGCCAAAGAUCCUCAAGAUUUCCUAUAAGAGGAGCAACUUCUACAUCAAGAUACGACCUGGAGAGUAUGAGCAGUUUGAAAGUACAAUCGGCUUUAAGCUUCCAAACCACAGAGCUGCCAAGAAGCUGUGGAAGGUCUGCAUUGAGCAUCACACCUUUUUCCGACUGGUUUCUCCAGAGCCUCCCCCAAAGGGCUUCUUGGUGAUGGGUUCAAAGUUUCGAUAUAGUGGAAGGACGCAGGCUCAAACCAGACAGGCCAGCGCUCUUAUAGACCGGCCUGCUCCGCACUUUGAGCGUUCAACCAGCAAGAGGUACCUGCUGUCUAGGAGCUUAGACGGAGCAGAGUUCUCAAGGCCUGUGUCAGCCAUGUGUGAGAACCACGAUGGCCUAUCUCACCGCAGCAUCAGUGAACAGCGUCGCCUCCACAGCCCCUCCGUGGACGAGCAGGAGACGGAGCUGGAGCCAAGUUUGGAGCAGGACGAGGAAGACAAGGAGCAAGAGCAAGGCCGGGAGACAGAGCAGGACGGAGACCAUGAUGGCAAUGUCACUCCAAGCAGAAAGAAAGAGAUCAUGGAGGAAGCUGGGUCACCAGUUGACAGUAAACAGGAGCUGUCUCAGUUGGACCAGGAGGCCACUCCUCGGCACAAACAGGAGUUUCUGGAUAAGUCGCAGGAUGUCUUGCUGAAGCAUCAAGCCAGUAUCAAUGAGCUGAAGAGAACCUUGAGGGAGCCCAACAGCAAGCUGAUGAACCGCGAGAAGCGCCUGUCAGCCACCUCUCCAACAGGCACACCAGAGAAGAAGGCUUUGGUGGGCCGAGCAGUGGGAAAGGACCCUGUUAACAGCCUCUCUGUUGAGGGUUUCGUCCAGAAGACUCUGGUGACUUCACCUGAGGGCUCUGAGGAGUGGGUAUUGAUUGAAAAACAAGAAACUUAUCAGCAGGACCAUGACUGGAAGGCAGAAGAAAAGAACAAAUCUCUCCCAUCUGAUUCCUCAUGGGAGAAAAAGGAGGUGGAAAAAGAGGUAGACAUUACCAAGAUGAUACAUAAAGAGGAGCCUGUCUCUACUCCUGCCAUUUAUGAAGAACCGUUUGCCGAUUUCAAGAGGGAGCUUGGGGACAGGAGGACCCAGCCAAGCAUUACCUCAGAGGAGGAGCAGGAACGGGACACUGUGGCCUGCAUGAGGGAAACUCACCUGGGCAUUGAGCGCAAGUGCUCCAGCAUGACAGUCAGCUCCACGUCCAGCCUGGAGGCUGAGGUCGACUUCACUGUCAUCAUGGACCUCCACUCUGGGGUGGAGGAUUUCUCUAAGGGAAUAUCGGAGUUGGGAGAGAAGGAGCGGCAGCCUGAGAUUGGUCGAGAGGACUUUGAAGAGACCUCCAGGUUCUACUCUGCCCGUCUAAUGGGCUCCCGGGACAAGUCUCCCAUAGAGGAGGGAACACGUCAUGAGCCUCCUGUUGCAAAGAAAGACCCCAGUGCCGUGAGCAUGGCCCAUAUGCUGAAGAGGUCCGACACCAAGCCAGAGACGCAUACAAAUGGAUCAGAGAUUCAUCCCGACAUCAUGAACGUCUCACCGCAGAACUAUGGAGUGGUCAGUCCGCUGGAAGCUCCUGCUGCCCUUAAACAAAAUGGCUCCCCUGUAAAAGCUGGCACCCAGGAGAGCGAGUCUGUUGUGUCCCCGCUGACCAUCACCGCUGAGAACGUCACCUCAGCAACCACAACUCAAGUUACCAAGACUGUGAAAGGAGGCUAUUCAGAGACCAGGAUCGAGAAAAGGAUUAUAAUCACAGGAGAUGAUGACGUGGACCAACAUCAGGCCCUCGCCAUGGCGAUCCAAGAGGCGAAGCAACAGCAUCCUGACAUGCUGGUGACAAAAGCAGUGGUUAUCAGGGAAACCGAGUCUCCCACUGAGGAGCUGCAGCAGAAAGCAGAGUCCUGAUUGGUCAUGGUGGCCUCUGAGAAGGGAGGGGACAGGAGAGGAUCCUCGAGCUUUAUGUCUCCUGCCCUGCCCUGCAGCAGGACUCUCUACCCCACCUGUGUACACAUCAACAUGAGAACAGACUGCGUUCCAUGAAGCAGUAGACCUCCACUCCUGUCCCUUUAUACAAACCAACUGUGACUCGGCCUCUGACCCAACUUGGCCUCCUGUCCCGUCCAGGCCCAUCCCAACCCUCCACAUCUGUAUGGAGAAGAUAACAUCUUCCAUUAGAAGAUUUACCACUUGGUUUAAUCAAGUGGAGUGAUGCAGGAUUGAAAGUGAAACUCUGCCACAUCAUUUUGGCUCAUUUAAACCCUUAGGAGUCAUUUGAAUCAUGGGUUUCCACCCCUAGAAUGACCCCAGGCCCAAUACCCUUCCCUCACAAAUUACUUCUUCCUAUUUUAAAUAUUACAAACAUCUGCCAUGUGCAACAGUCACACAUGAAAUGAAUAACAUAUAAAAGCAGAGUAGGGUUGUGCGAAAGGAUAAGGACAAUGAUGGCGGUGUGGGGGAUGGGAUGGGGAGGUUGGUUGCCGCCAUCUCCUGGCUGCGACACCUUCAGUGUAAUCAACAGUUGUCUUAUUAGCUUUUUACAUUUUUAUCUAUAGAGGGUCUAAUUUAUGUCCAGUGUUCGCUUGUUUAUGAAGUAUGUAUAAUAUCAGAUGAUUAUAAUCUGCAUGAUUCAAUUACACAAUAGCCGAGGAAAUGGAAACAAAUAUGUAUGGACAUGUCCACAUUUGAAAUCCAUAAGAAGCGCUGACACGAAGGGACUGAGCAACUGUGGAAAAAAAACAUCACUAGGGCAGUGAGUAGUGGACAGAGUGAUGGACUCUGCUGGAGGACAGUUGUGUAACACUUCACUACACUACAGUGGACAGCUGGAACUCUGCUUUGGUUCAGUCUCCAACAUACAAACGUCACUGUUCUUGUAACUCCCCCCGACCCCGCCCCACUCACUGUUACUUUCUGUUUUCAUUUUGGUGUCAACUCGCCAUCUACAUAAAGAAUUGCUGGCCACAUGUUUUGGGCACAGUUAUAGGAUUUUUAGAGAAAUUUUAAUAUAAAUAAUGUUUUAUCUAAUAAGUUUAAGAAUUGUGAUGAUAUGUUUUCAUUGUUUUCUUACUUGGUUUUCUUGACUUCCUUCAUGAAAUGGAGCUUAUAUGUUAUUGUUGUGUUUUUGGAUGUUUCAGUCUCCAUGUGUGAACAUGCAGAAACCUCUUACUUAACUCAGUGCUGUGUUUCACUGCAGAUCUUACAAAGUUAAGCAGAGAGAUCUCACUCAAAGAAGAAAUUAGUUUCACAAAUUGAGGGUUGUGAUGCAGUGAAGAGAAAUGCAAUGAAUUGGGGGAUAUGUCUGUCUUUGAACAGAUGUUCCUGUCUGUAAUCAAUAUCACCAUCAUAUCAAUUCCUUGAACAUGAUAUGAUUCAUGUAUAGGCCAUUUGGGGGUAAACACAACCUUGACAUAAUGGCACACGUGUUGACAAACAGCUGUCUUUUUAAACAUCCAGCAAACUUUCAUGGCCAAAGGUGAACAUGACUCCAAUAUUCAAGACUCUUUAGCUACUAAAUUUUCCACUAUGCUCACCAAAUAAGUUGCUAACUUUGUCUGCAGUUUGGUGCUUACUAGAGUAAGCCAGAUCAGCAAAGUUGAGUAAACUUUCAGAUAGAUUUUCCAGUUUUGACUGCAUGCGUGUUGACAUCCACUGCCUGAAAAAUUCAAAACCACAAGACUAGUUUGGGUAUUUUUUUUUGUUUUCUGUUGGAUUAACUCUUAAGUUAUGGUGGAUGAGUUUGUAAUUGUAUUUAUAGGAGUGGUGAAUGUGAGGCCUGUGUGUUUCCUCCCCCCCUUUCCCCCUUACUGACAUAGCCGAGACUCAGAGUGUGACAUUCAUGAAGCGCCGUCGACCCGCCGUACCUGUUGCCUGUCACGUAACAUAUAUCCUGGAUGACCUUUAAUACUAUUACUAUGCAUCACCUACAACACCUUCUCACUUACCGUACAUACAUAAGAAUCGCUCUGAUGGAGCCCAACUCAUGCUAGCCGUGUGGCCGUCAUUGUUAACUUCGUGCUCCUGUUAACCGAAGCGGUGAAGCACACUGCUUGUGAGAUUUGCAAUAAGCCGACAUUAUUCUUAUCCUCUAUGUCCUCUAAAGGGAGAAAACUGUGAGCUCUCAUGCGUAUCGAAGCGUAACCAAAACCAGUAAUGCAGAGUUAGUGAUAUUCAAAGGAGUUUUUCCAACACUUGUGACCAUGGCUUUGUCACCCUCGUUGUCUAAUCCUCCCAUCCCCUGACUUGAAACUUGUUGACCUGCUGUUAAUGUGUCUGAGGAAACAACUGAUUAUUUGUAUGCUCUACUUUGUUUUAUCGUUUCUGGUCAUAUGACACUGGACUGCUGUGAAGGCACUUGCUUGCAGUGACAGCAGCACAUAUACUUUAAACUGUUGGGGGGAAAAAAAUGACCUGUCUUUGCUGUAGUAUUGGACACACUACUGACGGAAGAGAAACGGCUGGAGGCAUCAGGAGACAAGUUGUGCACUGCAGGCGACAUGGUGAGUUGAAGGAUGGAGGGCCUGUUUUUAUAUACAGAUAUCAAUAUUCCUGUGUAUUAUCCUGUAAACUAUGUAGACAACCGAAAAGAACAGGGAUGUGUUUUUGGGUUCAAGAGAUGAGGCAGUACGUUUAAUCUGAAGGACAGCAGUGCAGCAGACAUGUCCCAUGACUGGGUGCCUUAUGUUUGGAGUAGCAGUUGUGGGAACAGGAGCCACAGCUGAAAGUGCUGUUAAUCAUCACGAGGCAGAUGUAGAACCGACCUCUCCUCUCAGUCCAAGGUGAAGAGGAGCUGUCACGAAAUAGCUGCCUUGUGAAGAACGUGACACUGAGCAUAGUGACAAAGAAGCCUCGCUGAAUCUGGACUGUUAGUCCUCAAAAAGAUGAAAACACUAAUUUGUCCCAAUAACGCAGAACAACCAGCAUAGUACAGAUUAUUGAAUAUGAGCUUCUUUGCUCUGCGGUUUAGCCUCCACCUUCAAUUCUCCACUGCCUUUUGCUCUACAUUCCCCCUAUUGCUUGGUGGUGUGUAUUUGCUGUAUUUGCAUUCAGUCUAAAUGGAAAACAUACAUGCAUAAAUAAAUGUCUCAGUAUGAUUCAAA